CUGUGGUGGCCUCGGCCCAGGCAUCCCCCCGCAGGGAAGGAUUCUCCCUCUGUUCCCUCCGCCCCGGCUCCCAGCGCAUGUGCAAGAGCAUCUCCGUGGACGACCACCUGGGCUCCCUGGGCUGCCCCGACUACAUGGCCCACGCCAAGGACCAGCGGGGGAAAACCAAGCUCUGCAGGCAGUUUAGUCUGGGCUCUGCUGAGAGGAAAGACUUUUAUCAGUCCAGGGUUGCUGACGGUGGUCUCUCCAGGUUUGCCUAUCGGCUUUUGGUAAAGCAGAAACAGGAGAAGAGGAAGAGAGCUGAGGGGGUGGGGCCCCCUCCAUCCCAUGGCCCCCCCUCGCCUUCAUCUGCCUUCCGCCCCCGCUCUCUGAGCAUUGAAUGGUCAUCACCCCCAAGAAUGACCCAGCAGAUGCGGGACCUGCCACUGGCACCAGCCAGAAAGCCUCUGGGUCCCUCCUCUCCCAACGCGGCCAAGCGUCUGUACCGCAACCUCUCGGGCAAGUUCCGGGUCAGCUAUGUGUCCUUGGACGAGGGCAGCGCAGCCGGCCGCAGCGACAGGGACCGGGACCGACUCCACAAGCCCCCCACAGUGGCGGGCAGUGGGAGGCUGCUGGAGGCCGUGGAGCAGCAGGAUCUGGAGGGGGUGAGGGAACUCCUGGCCUCACACAGCGCCGACGACCUGGAUCUGAACACACCCAACAGCGAGGGGCUCCAGCCUCUGGACAUCGCACUAAUGACCAACAAUGCGCCCAUCGCCCGUGCCCUGCUCCAGGCUGGGGCCACAGAGAGCCCCCACUUUGUGAGCCUGGAGAGCAGAGCCCUGCAUCUGGCCACUUUGGUGCGAGAAGCUGGGCAACGUGUCCAGGAUUUAGCCGCCCAGGGAACAGGCGCGGCCGCUGGGCCGGACGGGGCCGAGCGGGAGAAGCAGCUGAGCGGCUGGACGUGGAGGCAGCGGCUGUACCAGCGCAUGCAAGCCGGCUUCGAGCACGCGCGAGUCCCCGACGCCCCUUCCUGUGUCCGGCUAUCUGUGGUCAGCAGUUCCACACUUAAGGUCACCUUCCAAGAGCCUCUCAGCAUCAACUCUGCUGUGGUUACCAAGUACCGAGUGCAGUGGAGUCUCUCUCCAUCCUUCCACCCUGUCCUGGGUGAGACAGUUGUCGACCAGCUCCACACUCUGGACUGCACCAUCGAGGGGCUGAGCCCGGGCACCGGCUACUACAUCCAGGUCUCUGCCUACAAUAUGAAGGGCUGGGGGCCCCCCCGGGGGUCUGUCCCUCCCUCUGCCGUCCCCUCCAAUUGGCGGGAGUGGGAUGGACGGCCCCCACGGCAGAGGGGUCAUCUGCAGGAUCUGGAUCAGCUGUUCGCCCAGGUCAAGGCUGGACACCAGCACUGCACAUGCCACGAGCCCAGCCAGCCACAGCCUCAGAGCCGCAAACACUCCGUUUCCAAGAGCCUGAAGCACCUUUUCCACCCCGGGACCAAGUUCCUGAAAACCCUCAAGAGGGGUCUGCACUUGGCCUCCGUCUUCUACAAAGACAGCCACAUCCUGGUAACAGCUGAUGACCAGAUCCCUGUGCUUGAAGUGGAUGACAACGAUUCCACCCUCCCCCUGCAGGAUUUCCUGUGGCUCGCGAAGGUGUCCUGCGUGUGGGGCGAGGUGCCAUGGCUCCGGCAAUGCCUCCCUGACUCCCCAAACUCCUGCUCCUGCGUCCUGCAGACGCGCUCCAAGAUGCUGCUGGCCGUUUCCCAGAUGCAGGGCUUGCUGGGUACCCAGGACCUGGGACGCCUGUUUAUUGAGCCCAUUAGAGACCGCCAAGGUAACGUGCUAGUGGUGACCCUGCGGGAGGUGGAGGGCCCGCUGUCCGGAGAUCCCGCCCGCUGGCUGCCCCUGACCAAGCUGCAGGGCGGCCGCAGGUCUGUGUCCACCCCCGAUGAACCCAGCGCGCUGGACCAGCUGCUGCUCACCCUGCAGGAGAAGUUGGCGUUCGACCGGUGCAGCGGCCAGGCCCUGGCCCCCGGGCUCUACCUGGGCUACCUGAAGCUGUGCAGCGCUGUGGACCAGCUCCGCGUCCUGGUGCCCGAGGGACAUCCCAGCAUGCUCUGCCACGUCCCUGUGCGGGAUAACCCACAUGUCUCCAGGGAGGAGUGGGCAUGGCUGCAGGCCCUGGCUGCCCCCGACCAGCCAGGCCCCCCAGACCCUCCGGAGCCUGACAGCUGCCAGGACCUUCUCCUCCAGGAGCUGCGCAGAGCCAUCAGGGAGCUCGUCGACAUCGUGAACGUCCCUCUGCAGGAGGCCCAAGACUUCCGACUGUACAGCCAGGAGGUGCUGGACUUCGGGGGCCAGGUCUCCUUCCUGCUCCUGUUGCCCCCAUCGGAGGGCGUAUGCACCGCCCCGGGGCAGAUCCCACCCCACGCCCCCAGCUCUGGCUUCCUGACUCUCCCACUCCAGAUGUUCGAGCUGGUGCACUUCCUGGCCUACGACUGGCCAUUCCUGGGCCCGUACUGCCGUGUGUCAGCCCUGCUCGAGCUGGAGGUGCUGCUGUCCCAGCAGAAGCUGCGCGAGGCUUUCUCUGAGGCCGAGCUGGCCAGCGCCAAGCUGCGGCACCGGCGGCUGCAGGAUCAUGUGCAGCGCCUGGAGGAGAUCUGGCGGGAGAAGCGCUGGUUGGUGGAUGCCCUGCAGCACGCCCGCUACAAGCAGCCGCCCAGUGGUAUCCCCCUCCCUGCCCUCCUGCCUCCGCCGCCAAUGCCAACAGGCCCCGCUGCCAGGGGAGAGCACCCCACCACCAGGGCCUCCUCCCCACCUGAUUUCCUGCCCUCCCCCACCCCUUCCCCCAGGACUCCCCGCCGGACCCUCCAUGAAAGGGACCCUGAGGUGCCUAGUUGGGGGUCCCUGACUAAUCCAGUGAACCAGAAUUGGAACUGGGACUGGAACCCUGGCAUCCUGCCCCCCAGCCCCCUGCGCUCCCCCUCUGGCGAUUCCCUCAAAGGACGAGGAGGAGGCGGCGGCGGUGGCAGAGGGGCUGUGGAGGUGGUGACAGGCGAGGGCGAGGAGGAGGAAGAAGAGGAGGAGGAGGAGGAGGAGGAGGAGGGCUCCGCAGAAGUCUUCCCGGCCGCGCACCGUGAGGAGGCCCCGAGCGGCGGGGAGCCCGACGUUGUGAGCCCCGAGGGCGCGGGGCGGUGCGGGCCCGGGGAGCCGCAGGGGGCCGCCCCCGACGUGCUGCCGGACCACGAGUCACCUUGCCCCGGCCCGGCCCCCGAGCUCUCCGACCCGGACUUCGUCCUGCCCAGCCGCCAGAUCGAGCUGCUGCGCAUCACGGAGAAGCGCCGGGCCUACACGGUGCGCACCAGCAGCCUGGACCUGCCAGCGGCCUGGACCCCCGGCGGCCCGGAGCCGCCCGAGCCGGCGGGCCGCAAGGCGGGACGGAGACCGGGCGCCAGCACCACGCUGACCGUCUGUCCCCAGUACGAAUCCGGCCUGCCGAGGGGGGCCAGCGUCCAGCUGCAGGUGAGCAGGCGGACGACGGCGGCGGAAAUGGUGCGCCUGGCCGUGCUGGAGACCAACGCGGCGGCACAGCGCCUAGCGGAGGGCGGCCCGGGCGCGACGCCCCACUACGGGGAGGAGCUGCUGGGCCACUUUGCGCUGGUCUUGGAGGCCGGCGGGGAGGAGCACUGGCUGCCUGGGGACGCCCAGCCCCUCGCCCGCCCCGAGGACGCCAGCAGAGCCCACUUCUUCGUUCGCAUCCGGGAGACUUCCCCCCUGCUGUUCCAGUUUGGGCCGGCCACCACCGUCUGAGCCCACCACGGGUCACCUUAAGGGCUGCGCUGUUGAUGGGGUCACGGCCGGGGCCUCCCUUCUUCGGUGCCAGUGGGGGUGCCCCCAGGGCAGAGACGGAGGGACGUGGCAGCUCUGAGGAGAAUGCCUUUGGUAGGGGUCGGGAGUGGGGAGGGGUGGAUGGCCCUAUAGUCUGCCCCGACGGCCCACCCCUCACAUCCAACUCCAGGCACCGGCCCCGCCCUUCCCGACGGUGCCUAGAGCCCCCGGCCCCCCAUGACUUGGAAGAGGGGGAGGACUGGAGGCUCCUUGCAGUGGUGAGGGAAAUAAAGUGGCCUGGGCCUUUCCCCCCUUCA